CACGCGAGCGAGGCGGGGCGCGCGGAGGCGGCGGAGUGCGCGCGCGCGCGAGCGCACCCUGGCCAGGCAGCUGGAGCUGGUGCGCGGCGCUCUGUCCGAGCAGAGCGGGGAGGAGCUGCGCCGGCUCGACCUGGCGGCCCUGGACGCGCGCCGCCGCCGCGCGCCCUUCGCCGCCCGCCCGCCCCCGACGCCGCCUCCGUCGCAGGCGUCUCGCAGGGCGACGCCACCAGGCCCUCCACCCCGGCGCCCGGCCUCCCGCCACAGGGCGACGUGUCCUCGUUCACGCUGAAGCGCCAGCAGCAGCGGCUCGCCAACCUGCUGCGCCGGCCCUUCCGCCGGAAGUCGGUGCCGUCCACGCCCGUGCUGGGCAGGGCGAUGGGCUCGCGGGGGGGCUCUGUGCCCGCCGACGACGACACAGUAGGUGGC